CCCUGCCCGCGCCGUCCAAGCCCCUGGGCUCGGUCCGCCUUCCUUGGGUCUGUCCGACCACCAUCCGGAGCACGUGGCCGCCGCAGGCGCCAGGCCGGGGCCGCCGCCGAGCCACCAUGGAAUGGCGAGGGGAGCCGGGCUGCACCCCGCGCCCGCCCAUCCGCGCGCAGCCCGCGCCCGAGCGCCGAGUGCUGGCCGUGCUCUUCCUGGGCUUGCUGCUCGACCUGCUGGCCUUCACGCUGCUGCUGCCGCUGCUGCCCCGGCUGCUGGAGGGCCAGGGCCGCGCUGCCGACCCUCUGUAUGGCUCCUGGCAGCGCAGGGUGAACUGGCUGGCGUCCGCCAUCGGGAUGCCUGCGGAGAGGAGGUACAACACCGUGCUGUUCGGAGGUCUCAUAGGCUCGGUCUUCUCCCUGCUGCAGUUCCUGUCGGCUCCCCUCACCGGGGCGGCCUCCGACUGUCUGGGGAGGCGCCCCGUCAUGCUGCUCUGCCUGAUGGGUUUAGCCACCUCUUAUGCAGUGUGGGCUGCUUCUCGAAGCUUCCUGGCCUUCCUGCUCUCCAGGGUUAUUGGAGGCAUCAGCAAAGGGAACGUUAGCCUCUCCACCACCGUCGUGGCUGACCUGGCCUCCCCCGCUGCGCGCGGACAAGGCAUGGCCAUCAUCGGGGUGGCCUUCUCCCUGGCCUUCAUGCUGGGCCCCAUGCUCGGGGCCUCCUUGUCUGACGAGACGGUGCCCUGGCUCAGCCUGCUCUUCGCCCUCUCAGACCUGCUGCUCAUCUUCUGCUUCCUGCCGGAGACUCUGCCCCCCGAGAAGCGGGCCUCCUCCGUUGCCCUGGGCUUCCGCUCUGCUGCCAACCUGCUCAGCCCCCUGGCCCUGCUCCGCUUUUCAGCUGUCAGCCACGGCCAGGGCUCCGCCGCCGCACACAAGCUCGGCAGCCUGCGCCGCCUGGGCCUGGCCUACUUCCUGUACCUCUUCCUCUUCUCGGGUCUGGAGUACACGCUCAGCUUCCUGGCGCACCAGCGGUUCCAGUUCAGCAGCCUGCAGCAGGGCAAGAUGUUUUUCUUCAUCGGCCUCACCAUGGCCGCCAUACAGGGGGGCUACACGCGGAGGAUCGGCCCUGGCAGGGAAACGGCAGCUGUGAAGCGGGCCUUGCUGCUGCUGGUGCCGGCCUUCCUCCUCAUCGGCUGGGGGCGCUCUCUGCCUGUGCUGGGCCUGGGGCUGCUGCUCUACUCCUUCGCCGCAGCAGCCGUGGUGCCCUGCCUGUCCUCCGUGGUCGCUAGCUAUGGCUCAGCAGGGCAGAAGGGCACGGUGAUGGGCACGCUGCGGAGCCUGGGAGCCCUGGCCAGGGCAGUGGGGCCGCUGGUGGCCGCUUCAGUGUACUGGCUGGCCGGGGCCCAGCUCUGCUUCACCCUGUACUCCGGGCUCUUCCUGCUCCCCUUCCUCCUCCUACGGAAGCUGAGGCAUCCAGAACACAUGCUCAAGGCCGAGUAGCUGAGCCACUGCCUGACCCGCGGGGGCACCUGGGGCCCCUCCCUCCCCCUCCCCCAGCCCCGGGGUGCGCCCCAGCGACUCCAGAGCCUCCAUGGUUUCUGUUCGUCCACCAGGGCCACACUCCAUGGCCUGUGCCUCUGAACAAAUAAAGCCCUCUUUUGUACCAGUG